CAUCCAUUUAGCGCGCACACUGCGCUCCCCGCGAAAUUUCCCACAAACCAGCCAGAGGCCUUGUAAUAGCGAAGAUAACGACGCCAACGACGACCGACCAGCCGACCGACAACCCCACGCCCACGAACUUCGGUACCUAACGCCUCGACAACCCCAUCUCCCCGCCGUAACCAGAUUUACCAGCAAAAUCCUACACAAUGGGCCGCGUUAGAACCAAGACCGUCAAGAAGUCCGCCAAGGUCAUCAUUGAGCGGUACUACCCCCGUCUCACUCUCGACUUUGAGACCAACAAGCGCAUCUGUGAUGAGAUCGCCAUCAUCGCGUCCAAGCGUCUGAGGAACAAGAUCGCUGGUUACACUACCCACUUGAUGAAGCGUAUCCAGCGUGGACCCGUCCGCGGUAUCUCGUUCAAGCUUCAGGAGGAGGAGCGUGAGCGCAAGGACCAGUACGUUCCUGAGAUCUCGGCUCUUGACUUCUCGGAGGCUGGCACCCUUGAGGUCGACGCCGACACCAAGGACAUGCUCAAGACCCUUGGAUUCGACUCCAUCUCUACCAACGUUGUUGCCGUUUCCCAGCAGCAGGACCAGCAGGUUCGCCGCGGUGGUUACCGUGGUGGUGCCCGCACUUAAAGCGCCCGUAGCCAGUGCGUUGUCAUCGUGGGGACUUCUUCUUAUGAGGUGGUUUCCACGGUCUCAGUGGGAUAUGUCGCUUGUGUGCUUAGUAAAAAAAAGUUUCACACAAUAUUUUUCUUCGGCUUGGGGACUCAGGAGUUGUCUGGCGUUCAAGUGGUUCAGAAAGGAAUGAAUUUCAACCAUUGUUUUCCCAACUGAAAAUGUGAUGAAUUAUGCGAUAUCUAUUGUGGUGAACCGUUU